AUGUUCAACCCCCAGGGGACGAUGGUAAUAUGGGCCAUCCUGUCAUUAUGGUUGACCCUCGCCCACGGCAUGCGAGACAGCCGAGUCCACGAAUUAAGACAAGAAACUGAGCGCAUGUUCUUCCAUGGCUUCGAGAACUACCUCCACUACGCGUUUCCUGAAGACGAACUUCGCGCGCUGACCUGCGGCCCCCUCGUGCGCGACGACAAGAACCCGGAGAACAACGAUGUGCUAGGGAAUUACUCCUUAACUCUGAUUGACAGUUUGUCGACGCUGGCGAUUAUUUCGUCCAGUCCGGAUAGUGGCGAGCGUGCACUGGCGCAUUUCCAAAAUGGAAUUGAGGAUUUCGUUAGGCUGUAUGGAGAUGGAUCGGACGGCCCUGCUGGUCAGGGCGAGAGAUCUAGAGGCUUCGAUCUGGAUAGCAAGGUUCAGCUUUUUGAGACUGUGAUUCGGGGACUCGGUGGACUGCUCAGCGCUCAUCUGUUUGCCGUUGGCGAGCUCCCUAUCGCCGGAUACGAGCCCUCAGAUCCCGAAGUCGCCUUCGCGAGUGCCUGGGACAAAAGCGAUUUCGAGAAAGGUGCUCAUGGAAUUCCUUGGAACAGCGGCUUCGUCUACGAUGGCCAACUCCUUCGGCUAGCUGUUGAUCUGGCCCAUCGCUUGCUCCCUGCUUUCUACACAGAGACUGGUCUUCCAUAUCCGCGGGUGAAUCUGCGUCACGGUAUACCAUUCUAUGAAAAUGCGCCCUUGAAUCCCAAUUCUGGAAGGAAGGAAGACAAGCGCAACGCCAAGUCCUCGGCAGAGACCGACCCUGCCGAGACUUGCAGUGCUGGUGCAGGUAGUCUGGUACUGGAACUCACCGUUCUCAGUCGACUCACUGGGGACGGGCGGUAUGAGGACCUGGGUAAGAGAGCUUUCUGGGCAGUGUGGGAUCGCCGAAGUGAUAUUGGAUUGCUCGGAUUUGGUAUUAAUGUGGAGUCUGGCAACUGGGUAGGACCAUGGACUGGUAUCGGUGCCGGUAUUGACAGCUUCUAUGAAUAUGCCGUGAAAGUCCCUAUUCUGUUGUCAGCGGGGGAACCUGUGCCAUUUGAUCUCAAUAGUCCUUGGGCGGAAAUGGACUCAUACUAUGCGAAGUCCCCUCUGACGGCUUACCAACAGACCUCGGAGGCCUUUCGCCAGGCUUGGGAAGAAUCGCACGCGGCAAUCAACCGUCAUCUUCUCCGUGGCGAGGGAUAUCAGCAUCCCCAUCUCAUUGUAGGCGACGUGAUGACGGGUGCUACACGGGCAUUUUGGAUCGACAGCUUAAGCUCAUUUUAUCCGGGUGUUCUUACCUUGGACGGAAAGGUGGAAGAGGCGAUCCAGAUCCAUUUGUUGCCCACCGCCAUCUGGACUCGUUACUCAGGUAUUCCUGAGCGCUGGAACGUGGCCACGGGUGACAUUGACAAUGGCAUGCCUUGGUACGGAGGCCGGCCUGAGUUCAUUGAAUCCAAUUACUACAUAUACCGGGCGACUCAGGACCCCUGGUAUUUGCAUGUUGGAGAAAUGGUUCUCAGCGAUCUCAAGCGACGAUGCUGGACCAAGUGUGGCUGGGCUGGAAUCAGAAAUGUCCUGACCGGAGAGCUGAUCGAUCGUAUGGAGAGCUUCUUCACAGGCGAGACUGCCAAGUAUCUAUACCUCCUGUUCGACCGGGAACACCCGCUCAACAAGAUUGAUUCCCCCUGGGUUUUCAAUACGGAAGGACAUCCUUUGAUCAUUCCAACCAAAAAGACAUCGCCGUCUCGCCGGCAACGCUCGCCGCCCCAGGACCAGCAAAUCCCACCGGGGGUGUGCCAAAUCACACCCCCGCUGUUCUUCGGUGUAUCUUCCACUGCAUCUCGCUCGGAUAUCUUCCACGCUGCCACACUGGCACGCUUGGAGCUAAUGCCCGAUCGCACGGCAACUAAGGGACCCGUUCUCCAAGACUCUGCCGAACAUCAAAGUGUCUAUGUGACUGAUCUUUCGUCACCAACGAACUACACUUUCUACCCAUGGACGUUACCUCCCCAGCUGGUUCCUUACAAUGCUACUAGCGCCCCGAUGGCCGUCCGGCCCACACUCGACAUUUCAUUCCCCUCACUUCCGGGCGGCGUCAACCUUGGCCCCGGGGCAUUGGAGCGAGUUCGGGAUGGAGUUCUCGUGAAGACAAUAGGAGGGCUUCGCUUGAGUAUGGUGCAGGAUGCACGACUUGGGGAUCCGAUUCCCACGACAGGGGACGAAGACGGAUAUCGGGUUCAAGUCAUCAAUAAUGUGCCCCUGGGCAAAGAUGAGAAGGUAUAUCUCUCUCGGCAGAUCACCUUUGAUGUUGUCGAUCCGUAUGAUCCGAACUUUACUCGUGUUCGCGACAAUACCAUGCUUGACCUCGUCAUUGACGUACUCCCAGAGCCCUCUCGCCGACGUAAUGCUUCGGCUCCUCCGCGAGAUGAACAGUCUCAAGCAGACCAUCCGCAGUCGCCAGACUCCCACGGCCUUGCCUCUCCAGUCGACACCGCCAUCGACUCCCCCGACUCAACUGUAAGAGCCAUCUUGUCGUCUCUGGUCAACUCAGUCUCGUCUCUUCUCCGCGAAGAGCCAGCAGAACCCGCUCCGCUGCGUCUGAGCCUCCCAGCUGCCAUUUCCACAGGCGUUGGAUCCGCCAUGCUACCAGACAUUGAAGAUGCCAUUACAAUGUCUCUGUUUGGAAGCCAAUCGACCAAAGCUCUCACGUGGUCAAAUAUCUACUUUGCCGGCGACCUUUGCGACGAGCGUAUCACUCGCGAAGUCGCCCAGCACCACGAAGUUCUUGUGAUCAAGCGUGGCGGCUGCACCUUUUCCGAAAAGCUUCGCAAUAUACCCGCAUACCGUCCCACACGAAACGCGCUGAAGCUAAUCGUCGUUGUCUCAUAUGAUGACAUGCCUGAUCAUCAACAAACAAGUAGCACUCGACCUUCCCUCGCUGCUGCUCGUGCCGAGUCCACCCUCAUCCGCCCUCACCUUGACGAGGCGCAGAUGACUCCCAGUGGCAUUCCGCGCAACUAUCUCAUUAGCAUGGUGAUGGUUGGUGGUGGCGAUGAGACAUACCAGCUUCUACGACAUGCAGGCGCUCUGGGCGUCAAGAGACGAUAUACGAUGCGUUCGCGUGGUGUUCCCAUAACAAAUUUACAUAUUGUUUGA